UGCUCAUCAAGUAUUCAAUGUGCAGAAUCCUUUUAGGUUUCGGAUAAAGUGUUCAAUAUUGAGCUCGUAGGAUGAAUCCAUAUACUGGCAAUUCUUCCAGAGUAAACAAAUAAUCACCCAAGGAGAAUGUAAGUGAUGAACCUCAAACAGAAAAAGUGAACGUAGCACUCCAGCUCGAAUAACACUACCGCCUAACACCCAGCCUAUGGACCCUCUAAAAAGAGUAAAGAUCAGUACGUCUUUCCGUGCUCUUGAACUCGCAACUGAAUUCUCACGGAUAAUGCAACCUCUCUAACUCGCGAUUCUCCUUGUGGACAUCUUGCAAAUACCAGUUAACUUUCCAGUCCCUAUCGUCAAAUGAAAGGAGAAAAGAUGGCCGGCGAACUCCCGGAAUCAAAGACGAAUCAACUCAAAAUUCAGGAAGAAAUGCUCCAGCUGCUAGAUGAUUGGUAUGCUAAGAUGAAGGAGUUUCAAGUCCAGAUUUCUCAGCUUAUGGACAUAUCCAUCGAGCUCUUUGAAGACGUCCAGCUCAAUGACGCUGUCAUGCAAGUUGUAGCGCAAGUGGCUGAAGGCGCUCAGGAUCCGGAAUUACUGCGACAAGUCGAGAGGGUCAGGCAACGGCUGGACGGUGCUUAUCAAGAAAUUGAGAAAUUCCAAGAUUGGGCGAAAAUUCUGAGAGAGGAAUUGGAGGACGCAAAGCUGGCUAUAGAAGAUUGUCGUGUCAGGGGAUUUAAGAAUUAAGUUUGCAAUAAUAAAUAGGCCGCAAUGGAAACGCUCUACCCCUGGACCUAACAAUCACGAUAGCAACAUUUUUCAUCAGCGAAACGCGCACGACACGAUAUUCGCUCCAAUCAUAGCUGAUAUUACGGAGAAUGACUUUUAUCCAGCCUGGCAAAGCCAAGUUUUUGCAGGAAAAACGGAGGGCGCAGGCUAGGAAGGAGAAUGAUCGGUUGGAAAGGUUAGCAUUUGUAGAUGGCGGGAAGGAGACCCCGAAGCAGUGAAAAGGGCAUCGAAAUUGGGAUUUGAUUCAAAAUAAAUGGAAGUGGAUUGAUUUUUGUAUCCCAAUCUCAUGUAACCUUUCCUUUCCAGUAGCGUUUUUUUUCCCCAAAAGGAAUAUUAUAUCACAAGCCUGCAACAAGCUCUCUGGUAGCUCUUGGGUGACCCCAUUUCCGUUGCACACAUAGAAUGCGAUCUCGAGAUGGAUGGUAGGGUAGGGAGGUAUGAUGGCUCAGCAACUGAAAACGAAGUUGGAAGAGCUAGAGAGGUAUGACUUGAGGAGCCUUGACUCGGAUGGAUCCAGAUUACCCCCGACUUGAA